AUGACUGCGGCCCACACGGGGAAAGUCUCCCUGCCUCUCCUCCUCUCACUUGCCCCAGUGCUCACCAGCAAGUCCAAGGCACCGGCCAGCGGUUCCCAGUCGGGCCUGCUGGGGGGCAUCAACCAGUUGGGCACCAAGUGCAUCCAGCAGACCGAGCCCCUCACCUUGGAGUGCACAAAUGACCUGUACCCUCUCACCAAUAAUACCUUUGGGAUCAAAGAGCCCCUCUAUGAGAAGGAUAGCUCUGUUGCAGCCAGAUUUCAACACAGGAGGGAGGAAUUUGGUAAAAUUGGAACGAGGAGCACCACAGAAGGGGUUCUGGUCGUACGUGAGCACCAGCUACCCCCUGUGCUACUGCUGCAGCUGGGAUCCGCUUUCUUUGAUCUGUCUGGUGGUGGUGGACUUAACCCAGGAGAAGGUGAAGUUGAAGGACUAAAACGCUUAAGGACGAAGAUAGUAGGCCGUCGGGAUGGAGUCCUGCAAGACUGGGUCAUUGAUGACUGCAUCGGUAACAGGUGGGGACCAAAUUUUGAGCCUCCUCAGUAUUCCUGUGUUCCUGCACAUAUUACAACACCGAAGGAACAUAAGAAGUUGUUUCUGGUUCAACUUCAAGACAAAACCUUGUUUGCCGUCCCUAAAAAUUAGCUGAUAGCGGCACCAUAGUUUGCACUGUAUGACGACGCGCCAGGAUUUGGACCCAUCACUCCUCAUUUCCGUCAGGUUUUGAGCGGGUUCGACUUUCCAUGCAACUGA